AUGAUUGAUUUAGAAGAAAACCUCUUUUAAAAAUCUGAGAUGAUUAAAACUUAAUUCUAAACUCUUCAGGAGGUAUUAAGAUCUAGUAAUAAUUAAGAAAAUAGAAAAUUCUGUUGUAGAAAUUAAAGAUUUCAAUGACUAAUAAUAAUCUGUAUAGAUUGCUACUUUGUAUAAUUAUCUUAAUUUACUUAGAUAAUAUAAAGAUGUAUAAAUUUCUAGAAAUCAAUUCAAAAUAAAAGCAGAAAAAUUAAAAGUUUUAAUAGCUUAGCUUGAAAAAAUUGCUAGAGGAAACGAAUAAAAGAAUGUGGCCAACAAAUUAAAACAAUAAUACUAAAAAGAAGUAGAGAGAUAAAAAAGGAUUAUGAAAAGCUUUGUAAAUUCCUCAUUUGAACAAAAAUUUUCUAAAAUUUCUGUAAUUAGAUAAUCUAAGGCUUAUGGAUAAGAAAAUCAAUAAGAAUAAUUAAAAUAUUUUGUAGAUUAAAAUUAUGUGAAAAUAGUUCCUAAAGAUCAAAGAGUAUAAAAUAUUGAAAGAAGCAAUUUAUCUUAAGUUCAUGCAGAAGAAAGCUAAAGAAUUAAAACAGUGUCAAUUGAUGAAGAUUUUAUUGAAAAUGAUAUGAUUGAUUUAGAAAAUAUGUUAAUUGAUGAAAGAUAACAUGAAUUAGACUUAAUUGAAAAGGAAGCUCUUUAAUUAAAUUUAAUUGCUAAUUAAAUGGAUGAUAUGGUAGAUUAAUAAGGCUAAGAAUUAGAUUUUGGUCAAUAAAAUUUAAAUUAAGCAAAGACUAAUAUUAUUGGAGUUUCAAAUGAAUUGGUUUCAGUGGAUUAAAACUAAAAACAAUCUAUGAAAAAAUAUUAUUAUAUAAUUGGUGGCCUUAUUGUUGUAGUUAUAGUUUUGAUUAUUGUAUUUAUUGUCAAAUGA